AUGAGUUACAUGAAUAACUUUCAGAGAGUUCUGUACGCAUCUCGAUUUAUGCGUGUAUUUGGAAAAUUCAAACGAGCACAAUUAAGAGAAAAACCACAAAGAAAAAUAGGUCCGUUCAGUAAUCCUGUAAAAAGACUAGUGAGAUUAAAAGAGAAAGAGAAAUUAUUUUGCGAAUUGGGAAUGCCUCGAGUAAUUCCAAGAGCAAAAGUAGAUGUAAAAGAGAAGAUAUUAGAAGCAAUAAAAGCACCAAAAGUAAGCAAAGAAGUUUUAGAUAGAAGAUUAGAAUUUUUAUUGUCAAAUGAAAGUGUAUAUCAGCAGUUAUAUAACAAAAUGUAUAAUGGUAUUACUCCAUACCAAUGUGAAUUGUACAUGUGGGAAAGACAAAUGAGAGAUCUACGAAAAAUUUACAGAGCACAAUAUUUGCAUAAGUUAAGUGAAGUUACUAAAGAAGAACGAGAAAAACAAAUUAAAUUGAUGAUACAAACAAGGGAAGAUAAAAGAAAACGACGAGAAAUUAUUAGAAAUAGAAUAUUAGAAGAUAAAAAAAGAAAAGCCAUAUUAAAAGAUCGUUUAUCUUUGGAAAAAAAAGUUACCCAAUCUAUUUUAUUUAAAAGACAAUCCAAUAGAAAAAAAAGUAAUAUCUAUUGGCUAGCCAAAUUACAAAGGAAAAGUGAAUACAUAGAUGCAGAUGAUUUUAAAAAAAAAAUGGACCAAAACAUUGGAACUGAUGGAAAUAAUGUUCAAGCAGAAAAUAACAUUCAUUGUCAUAACAUAGAUGAAGAUCGCUUAUUCAAUCGUAAUAUUUCCACUAGUGCAUUACAUAAAGAUUUAGGGUAUGAAGUACGAGAUGAAAAAAGCGAUAGUAGUAAAAUUUUUAUGGUUGAUAAGGUUUAUAGAAAGUUAUUAGAAGAAUCAUUUGAAUUCUUAGAAGAAGAUGCAGACCAAUAUGAGCAAACAGACAUACAGGAAAAUGAAGAAAAUAUCAGUCAUAAGGAUAGAGCUCAUAUUUUUUAUUCCUCUUUUACUGAUGAUGAAAAACUUAAACUACUUGAUGAUAAAAUAGAAAUUCUUACAAAAAAAAUUGAAGAAAAAUCAUUUGCUAAAGGUUUAGAAAAUAAUAACAUAAUGUUUUACAUUCAGCUCAAAGAUAAGUUAGAGGCAUCAAAACAGGCCUUCUUAGAAACGACCUACUUGAAAAAAGUGAAAAAAUCCGAUUAA